AUGGAUCGCCGGCCACGGCAAACGCCCGGCGACGACAAUGACGAGCAACGCCGGCCCUUUCUCCCAGACGCCGAGUCGUCUAGGCCCGGCUCACCGCGCCACGCCCAUCGUCGUGGCUUGAACCUCUUCUUCCUCCUCUUCCUCGCCACCGCCGCCGCCGUCUGUGCCCUCGCUGGACUGCUACUCAGCUUCCCGCCCCGGACGCGUGCCCCUUCUGCCGGAGACGCAGAUGGCACCAGUCUCCCGGGGCACCACGACGCGGGCCAUGUCGAUGUCCACGAUGACGCCCCCGCCAUCGUCCACCACCAGGAGGACGGCGUGUCUGACGUCCCCCGGCUGAGGGAUCCGUCCGAGUAUGUCCUCGACCCGGCCUCGUGGGACUAUGCCUCGCCUCCAACCACGCGCGAGUAUCACUGGACCAUCCUCGAUGCCGACCUCAACCCCGACGGCGUCUACCGCCCCAUGAUACUCAUCAACAACCAGUUCCCUGGCCCGCUCGUCGAGUGCAACGAGGGCGACACGCUCGUCGUCCACGUCGUCAACAAGGCCGCCAACGCCACCUCGAUCCACUUCCACGGCCUCUUCCAGAACGGCACAAACUUCAUGGACGGCACCGUCGGCGUCACGCAGUGCCCCAUCGCCCCCAACUCAACCUUCACCUACAGCUUCCAGGUCCGCGGCCAGUCGGGCACCUACUGGUACCACGCCCACCACAGCGCCCAAGCCUCCGACGGCCUGCUCGGCCCCGUCGUUGUCCACUCCGAGGACGAGCGCGCCGCCCAGCGCGAGCUCGGCUAUGCCUCCGACAGGGUCGUCAUGGUCCAGGACCACUACCACAACACCACGGCCGAGCUGCUCGUCGACUAUCUCCAGCCCGACAUGGAAAAUAACGAGCCCGUCCCGGACAACGCCCUCAUCAACGGCCGCGGCCUCCGCAACUGCGCCGACUUUCCCGGCUGGCGCUGCGACGCCGCCAACGCCUCGCGCCCCCUCGUGGCCGUGGCGGCCGGCGCGCGCCACCGCCUGCGCUUCAUCAACGUCGGCGCCUUUGCCGAGUUCCAGAUCCAGGUCGACGAGCACCCAUUUUACGUCACCGAGGUCGACGGCACCGACGUCCACCCGGAGCCCUUCCACCGCCUCAACAUCCUGCCCGCCCAGCGCUACAGCAUCGUCCUCGAGGCCAACGCCACGGCCCGCGACGCCUUCUGGCUGCGGGCUAGGAUGGUGACGCACUGCUUCACCACCAAGAACCCCCGGCUCGAGCCCGAGCUCAGCGCCGUCGUGCGGUACGUCACGCCCGGCGCCGCGCCCCCUCCGGCCGCCGAUCCCGAGAGCAAGGAGUGGCCCGACGCCGUCGAGGUCCAAUGCCGCGAUCUCAACACCACCCUCCUCCGCCCCGUCACGCCCGUCACGCCCCCCCCUGCCGACGACUUUCUCGCCCUGCGCGCCAAUUUUGAAAUCGGGGCCUGGCGCCUCUCGCGCGGCUUCUUCAAUGACUCGUCCUGGCGCGCCAACGCCACUUCUCCGUCGCUGCACCGCUUCCUCGACGCCCCGCCCGCCGCCCAGACCGGCCUGGGCAACGAGACGGUCGCCCUCGCCGUCAACGACCGCGUCUUCGAGCGCCAGCGCGAGCUUGUGGUGCAGACGACGGGCAUCCGCACCGUCGACGUGGCCAUCAACAACUUUGACGACGGCGCGCACCCCUUCCACCUCCACGGACACCGCUUCUUCGUCGUCGCCCAGGGCCGCAGUGGCUACCCGCCGACGGCCGCGGGCUGGCCGGCCUACCUCGCGGCGCACGGCGGGCCGCCCGCCAACCCGCUGCGGCGCGACACCGUGUCCGUCGAGGCCUACGCCUGGGUCGUCGUGCGCGUCGUGCUCGACAACCCGGGCCUCUGGGCGCUGCACUGCCACAACGCGUGGCACGCAGAGGCCGGCAUGGUGAUGCAGCUGCUGGCCCGCGCCGACGUCGUCGCCGGCUGGGAGGUCGGGCCCCCGCGGCGCGCCAUGUGCGCCCUCGACGGCGUGCGCACGGGCAUGCGGCCCGACGACGACGUCUGGUUUGGCUCGUUUUGA